GCAAUACAUGAAUGCUAAAAUAUCCUUCGAAUGAACUGAAUAACUCUUUUACCCUCUCACCCCAACCUCGGAAAACUCAAUUCCUUUCAAUGAUGAAUGAUGGAACUUUAUUUAGUUCACGGGAGCUGCCUGCGCUCAACUUCGGCGAUUUUACUUUAUCUAGCUGAAUAUCUGUCACUGAUCUAAUGAUCGAUAUAUUCUGUUACAUACUAUUUGUUUCCCGCAUCCACCUCUCUCGAACCGACCGUUUCUAACAUUUAUCCUGCACCAACAGCAAGAGAGCAAUUCCUAACAUCCACACCUAUUUAUACUCAACCAACACCUACCUAUCAAUUCGUCUCCCCUCCUCCCCCAUAGCAAAAACCCUCAGGAAAGCUCAAAAAUCAAAGAAAAAGAAGUUUCACCAUAAAAACCAGGAGGCCAGAGGAAAGAAGCAAAUAACGAAAAGAAAUGUCUCUGGCAACCUUACCCGCAGAGCUCCUACUCACCAUCGCGUCCUACCUCUUUGCGCCCUCCGACCUCCUCACCCUCCUCGUCCAAAACCGCUACACCUACUCCAUCCUCCACUCAACCCUCUACGCCAUCGACAUCUCCUACUGCGGCUGCUCGGCCCUCCUAUGGGCCGCCAGGCACAACCGCGUUGCGACGGCGGAGCACUCACUCGAGCACGGGGCGCAUAAGGUUCUCAGCGCCUCUUAUCGCAAGGAAAAUAAUUUGAUUACGGGAGGGGUUUUUUGGUCUCCCGGUGAUCUGAAGGAGGAGGGGGCUUCUGCCUUUAUCCCUGUGUUUUGUGGAAUUCCCUGUCCGUAUCCUUUUUCCGACUCGCCUUUCUCGCGUGCGGCGAAAGAGGGGAGUGUGGAUGUGUUGAGGUUGUUGAUUAGGUGGAAUGGAGGGAUUGUGCCUGGGGUCUUGGAGAGGACGAUUUGCCGGGGCAAGCCGACUGGGACCUAUGUGCCGCUAAUAUCGCUGGCAGCGGAGAGGGGCCGCCUGGGUGUUGUGAGGAUGUUGUUGGAGGAGUUCGGGAAGGAUAAAGGGGUGGAUGUGAAUGAGGAGGAUCAAAUCGGAAGAAAUUGUUUGGGGAGGGUGGUUGUGGGUACCUCUUUGUUCAGAGGGACGGGUAGAACUGAGGUGGGGGAAGGAGAACAGGAAGGGGAAAGAGGCGAGAUUAACAACAAGUGGAUAGCUGUCUCCCGUCUGCUGCUGGAGCAUGGGGCGGAUGUUAACCACAAGGAGGAGAAUGGGAUGACGCCACUGGCGCUUGCAGUCUAUUCCUCGAAAGCUCCAGAUGAUUGUGAACUUGUUGCGCGACUGUUGUUGGAGAAUGGGGCGGACCCGAGUCUGGAGGAUAAGCAGGAGAGGACGCCGUUGAUGCAUGCGGUGGUGAAGCAGGAUGUGUGGUUUAUUCGAUUACAACUGGAAUACGCUUCUAAUUGUGGCGGCGGUGGUAAAGGGAUAGACUUAAACAAGGGAGAUUUUAACUACAUGACACCAUUGAAUCAUGCCGCCGUGCGCGGCAAUGAAGUGAUAUUUCGCCUCCUUUUGGAACGGGAAGAGAUCCAUCCGGACGCCGCCGACCCCAAUGGGUAUACACCGUUGACAUGGGCAGUAGUGCGGCAGCACAAAAAUAUCGUUAAGAUGCUGCUCGAGCAUCAUCGUCGGGUUGAUGCGAAUCGUCGAACGGAGACUCAGAAGUGGACGACUCCAUUCAUCGAAUCGAUUACUUCCCACAAGGAUAUUCUCCGCUUAUUUCUCACUCUUCGCGAUCCAGAUAUUAACGCUCUCAAUAGUGACGGGACACCUGUGUUGACGCUGGCGAUACAAAAUAUAAAUACGACCAACCACAGAGGCAAGGACAUUGUCCAAAUGUUGCUUGAGCAGAAGGGCAUCAUAGCUGACCAGCGUGAUAAAGAAGGGAUGACGCCGCUUAUGCAUGCCACAGUGGUUAGUGAAUAUGAUACUGUUGAAUCUCUUGUGUUUAGAAGGGAUGUGGAUAUCGAUGCUAGAGAUCAUACAGGGAGGACGCCGCUUUUCCAUGUUCGGUCGAGUUCAGAGAGUGAGAAAAUAGCCCGUUUGCUGGUAGAGUUUGGCGCGGACAUUAAUGCGAGAGAUAAUGAGGGCGAUGAGACACCAUUUCUGGCUGCAUGGCGCCGACGUGAUUUCAGUGUCAUGGCGCUCCUGCUUGAGGCUGGGGCAAAGCCGACGUGGGUACAGGAGGAAAUCGAUGACGUGCGUGUUUUCCACCCGACCAAGCUGUUUCGGCUGGCUGUGAAAAAUAGACAUGCGAUGUCAACGGAACAGGCUCUCAUUCUGAUUACCAAAGGCGGUCUCCCAGACCCUACCACCUCCCCAGAUAAGUAUGGACGAACGCCGCUGUGCGUUGCUGCUCUGCGUGGGAAAGGAUGGCUUGUCGAAGUGUUGCUUGCACAUAGCAGGGGCGAAUUUGAGCGGACCGCACAACCACUUGCCCUCAUUCUGGCUGCGAUGAACGGACAUGACGGGAUCGUUCGCCAUUUUUUGUCCGCAGAAGCUAAUGGCCCUGACCCUAUUCAGGGAUACAUAGAUCUGCUAGAAGCCAUGCGCCACGGAUACCACGAGGUGGUGAAGAUGUUCAACGACAUCCGCCAUAGUUCUCCUCCUUCGUAUCCAUCAUGGCUGCCAUUGUUCAUAGCUGCCCUAUAUGGGCAUGAGCAUGUUGUGAAAAUGUUUAUAGCAAGCAAAUCGGCCACAAUGGCCAGGAAGAUGGUCGCCUUGCAGAGUGCGAAUAUGGAAAAGAUCGAGAGUGAGAGUGAGCUGGGAGAAGGGUCUGUUGAUUUAACGUUCUUGUGGCUUGCAGCAGACUAUGUAUGGGCAACUGGCGGGGCUGUAUCAUCAACUAAAUUUGUGAAGUAUCAACCGCCCGAUCAGUAGACGAAAUUAGAGGGUGAGAGCAGGGAGGGUAGGUUAGGCUCCGGCCCUGGAAUUUAGAAGGCGAAAGGAUCGCAUGUCGUGAAGGUCACGGUGCUCCGGAUAGCGAUAUCAUCAGAAGCUAAGCUGGCCAUUAAAUAACACAAGCAUAGCAAAAGAUAGAAUAAGGGCAACAAGGAAAUUCCGCAAUGCAGUGAUUCAUAUAUUUCUAGCACGGGACUACGUACUGAUUAGG